AUGGCACCACACCCGUUCAAAAUCCUCAACUCCGAGGAGACUCGUGUGGCCCGCGACACCGUCCUUUCGUUGCACAAAGAUGUUGUCGUUCAAUUUCGGGAAAUCUUUCUGCAAGAGCCAGAGAAGGAGCUCAUGAAGGCGUACCUCAAGGCUGAACAUGCAGCACAACCAGGCCAGUCGCCGACUUCUAAGAGGCCACCAAGGUUGGCCAAAGUCAUGUACGACGUCAUUGGAUCGGACCGCAUACCGGAGUAUAACGAAUCCAUCAUCGAUGUUGAGCAGAAGAAACGAGUCAGGCACGACGUUGUCCCGAAAGAGAAGGGACAGGCCAGCUUGACACUGUGGGAGUUCGAUGACCUUGUCCAGGCCUGCAAAAGAAGCGAGGAGUUCCAGAAAGCCAUUGCCGAGUUCCAGCUACCCGAAGGAUUCGAACUUGUAGUCGAGCCAUGGCCAUAUGGCGGGCUCGACAUUGGCGCUGAGAACCGCAGAUACUUCCAGGGUCUCUGUUUCGCCCAGGAUACUCGAAAUGGCAACGCCGACUCUAAUUUCUACGCCUACCCGCUCCCUCUCAUCCCUGUUAUGGAUGCACACAAGAAAGAAAUUGUGCGUCUUGAUCGUCUAGCAACUGGUGGAAAAGGCGACAGUCUUACUGGCCAGACACAUUCUCCGCGCAUUCUUGACCACUGCCAAUCCGCUGAGUACAUUCCUGAACUUGUUGAAGGAGGUGUUCGCAAGGAUGUCAAGCCCAUCAACAUCACGCAGCCUGAGGGGCCUUCUUUCAAGGUCACGGACGAAUCACUUGUCGAAUGGCAAAAAUGGAGCUUCCGUGUCUCCUUCAAUCCACGUGAAGGUGCCGUUCUGCACGAUGUGUGCUACGAGGGCAGGAGUAUCAUGUACCGUAUGAGCAUUAGCGAGAUGACAGUGCCAUAUGCCGACGCCCGCUCCCCGUUCCAUCGCAAGCAGGCUUUCGACUUUGGUGACGGAGGUGCUGGAAACUGCGCCAACAACCUGUCGCUCGGCUGCGAUUGUCUCGGUGUUAUCAAGUAUUUCGAUGCAAUCAUUGUUGGGAACGACGGUGAGCCCAAGGAACAUCCCAAUGUCAUUUGCUUGCAUGAGCAGGACAACGGCAUUGGCUGGAAGCACACCAACUGGAGGACGGGCCGAGCCGUCGUCACACGUAUGCGCGAGCUCGUUGUCCAAUUCAUUAUCACACUCGCAAACUACGAAUACGUGUUUGCCUUUAAGCUCGAUACUGCAGGAGGCAUUACUCUCGAGGUCAGGGCCACGGGUAUUGUCUCGACCGUCAACAUCGACCCAGGAAAGACCUCUCUAUACGGAAACGUUGUUUCCGGCGGUGUCCUUGCGCAGAACCAUCAGCACAUCUUCGCAGCCCGCUUCGACCCUGCUAUUGAUGGCCAUAAGAACACCGUCACGUAUGAAGAGUCGCUGCCAGCGCCAUGGGACAAGGAAACCAACCCCAACGGCAACUUCUACGAGAUCCGCAAGACAGUCGUCAAUCGCUCUGCCGGUCUCGACGCGAACCCAAUGGACCACCGUGUGUUCAAGAUUAUCAACCAGGAGAAGAAGAACCCCCACAGCGGAAACCCCGUCGGCUACAAAUUCACACCACUACCCACCCAAAAGCUCCUCGCAGCACCAGGCUCUAUCCAAGCUCAGCGUGCUCUGUUCACAAACCACCACGUAUGGGUGACCAAGUACCGGGACGACGAGCUGUACGCUGCAGGCCCCUUCACUCUGCAGAGCCAGAUGGAGCAGGGCGGUGUGCACGAUAUGGCAGCGCGCAAGGACGAAAUCACCAACGAGGACCUGGUCGUUUGGAACGUCUUCGGUCUUACACACAACCCCCGUGUUGAGGACUGGCCGGUCAUGCCAUGCGAGGUUUAUCAGUUGCAUUACAAGCCUAGUGAUUUCUUUGACAGGAAUCCGGCGAUUGAUUUCCCGAGUCAGAAGAACCAGGCGAGUGUGCUGGUUUCGAAGGAAGACUGUUGUCCACAGAAAUUGUAG